AUGGCGCUGCUGACGCUCCAGGUCAACUCGGAGCGCAUCGUCAGCCUCACUGAGGCCACCUUCGCCGAGACCCUGCGACAGAGUCAGAAGGCAUUGGUGGCCUUUGUCACGCCCUGGUGCAUGGCUUGUCGGCUGUUGAUGCCCGAACUGGAGAAGGCUGCAGAUGCCCUGGCACGAGACAAGUCGAUGCUGGUAGCCCAGUGCGAUGUCUCAACGGAAACCAGAUUAGCGCAGAUUUACAGCGCUUGGCGUACGCCACUGGUGAUGUUCUUCCCAGACACCCAGGUGCUCCUUCCUGGCCUCCAGGCCAUCUUCACUGGGCAGCUGCAACAUGCCAGCUUGGUGGCCUUCACCGCAGGGCCGUGGCCUUUGAAGGUUCACUCGCGUGCAGAGCUCCAGGAGGCCGUCCAGGACAAUGGCCGCGCUGGGACCUUUGUGGGCUUCUUCCGAUCGCCACAGCAUGCGGGGCCCUUGCAGGAGCUGUGGCCCUUGGAUUGCCUGCGGCGACAUGACCGCGCCUAUGCCUUUGCAAGGUGGGGCAACGAAAGCAAAAACGAGUCAGAAAAGGAGCUCUGGCGUUGGGCUGGCCUUGAGUUUGGCAGCGAGGCCUUGCGAAUCAAAGAGGUGCAGCAAGGGCAGAUGCUAAAACAGGAGAUCAAGUACUCAGAUCCUGAGCCCGAAGAAGCCAUCGUCUAUGUGCGUUCUGACGAUGCAUGCGACUUUGCGCCCUCUGGUGGCUUUGUGGUGUACCAGGAAGGUGGCUCAUCGCCAUCGAAACCCUGGGCGAGUUGGACCUGGAGGCAAGGAGCUCCGUGGCGGGAUCAAGUCGAAUCUUUUUGUGCCUGGUGUGAACGACAGGUUUUGUCACCCGUGGCCGUCUUCGAUGCCACGCGGGCUGCAGCACUUGAUGGCACCUUCGAUUGGUUGCUGCUGCUUUUCGCACCAAAGUCAAUGGAGGCGCGGCCAACUGGAACCGGGGGCAAGGACGGCAAGGACGGCAAGGACGGCAAGGACGGCAAGGACGGCAAGGAUGAGGUCCCAAAGGAGAAAUUCCACUGGAUUAGAAUGGCAGAGUGGCAUGAGAACUUUGAAAUGGUCCUUCCUGAAGUAUUGCUCACUGACGAUUUUGCCGUAGAAAUCGCCAUGGCAUUGCUGCGUCUCGUUGCCCUCCUGGCCGUUCCAUGGCUAUCCUCCAGCGAGUCUGGCCUCGAGAGCCUCGAGAGCCUCGGCCGGGGCCUGGCCAUCGAGAAGGAACUCAUCCAGUUGGAUCAGAAGGCUGAAAAGGCUGAAAAGGCUGAAGAGACCGAAGAGACCGAAGAGACUGAAAAGACUAAAGAGCAGGACGAUGAGGAGGUUGACAAAGUGGUGAAAGAAGUUGAAAAAGAGGGAAAGGAACACAAUUUCAAAUCCGGCAUCUAUUUCGGCAUGCACGUUCCGAUGAAAGUCAUUGGAGCUUGCACGGUUCUCGUUGUCAUCGCAUACGUCUGGUUCGUCUGUGGUUUUGCUGGCCUUUUGGAUAAGAAGGACGGUUACAGUGCUUUUCAAACCGAAAAGUAUACGGUCGCUUGGUAUUACUGGACGGCUGCCUUCCUGCAUUGGAUAGCCAUGCCAUUGACCAUGCUCUUUCUUGCGAAAGAUGCUACAUGCGAAGGCGGACCUCCCAGUAUUGGAUAUGUCGUGUAUGGCUGCUUCCUGGCAGCGCAUAUCGCUUUGAUGAUCAUCGCAAAAUCGAAGAGCCAAAAGAAGGUGGCCUUCUGCGACUGCAGCAAGGACUUUUUCUUGUGGGGGCCCAUCCUGGUGUUCUUCUUGAUUUUGGAUCACAUGGACAUGGCAACAGACGCCAUGUUUGUGGGCAGUGCGGCGGCUUGUACCGACCGCAUCUCUUGGCAAUACGAGUCAAGUUGGGAAGCGAUUCCUGGGGCCAGUAGUGAGCUGGCAUUCACGAUUCGAGAGUUGACCUUCAGUGGAUUGGCGCUGUUUUGCUUCAUCAGCUUUGCCUACAUUCCACAGCUUACAGGACAAGCACCCUUUUUUGCACUUAUCACUACGACACUGCUCGCCUUCGGGAUGUACUUGACUUUGCAUUGGGGUUGGCUGGCAGGCGUUAUUGUCCUCGUUGCGGUCCUUGCAAACUUUGCUCUUCUAGGCUGGUUCUCCAAACAGUGGGCCGUCUGGAAACAGUGGUGUGUGAACGAUGAGGUGAGCGUAGCACUCUACUGUGGAUUUGGCGUUUUUGAACAGGCCCUCACCGAAGGAGAGGCUAAUGAAAGACUCAUUUUCGUGACAAUGACGAGAUUGGUCUUCGAAAAUCUGUUGCAGUUGUGGCUGCAGACGUCCUUCUUUUCGCUUACCUUUGAUUUUACCGAUGGCGGUGCACGCAUGAAGAACGUCUCCUCAAUGAUCAUUGGCUUGUUGGUGGCUGCAUCCAAAAUACCGGGGUUAUUCAACGAACUUCGCCAUGGCGCUGGUUGGGCGAAGCUGACCUCAGGUUUUAACUGUGGAGCCUUGAUGGCCUGGGUCUUGGUGUUGGUCGUGGUCGUCUACGCUAUCGUCUUGGUGUGGAUCAGCGUCAGGCCAGAGCAACGACUGCUACGAGUGCAACGAGUCAUAGUGAGCCCCGCUCGAACUCGAACUCGAACUCGAACCCCCCCCCCCCGGAAAAAAAAACCAAGCUUUCUGAGUCCGGACUCGCGGUCCACAUGCUCGAACUCGAGUUCGAACUGGCGGUGA